CCCCGGCCUUCAGUCGCCCGGGCCGCCAGCACGCGAGCGGUGCUGUCGAGGUGAGCUGCUGCACGGCUGGGACAAGAUGCUGAAGCCGAUACUAGCAGCUUUCGACUUCGACAACACCAUCGUGAAUGGCGAUGGUCUGCAGACCAUCGUGGAGUUGGGCGCGGGUCGCAGCCUGCCGGACGUCAAGUCCAACUACACCUUCACGAUGGAUGCCGUGUCCUUCACCCAGACCAUGAUCCGGGGCCUGCAGGAGUCCAAGGGCAUCACCGCCGAGCACAUCCGCCAGGCCAUUCGGAAGCUGCCUCUGACAUCGGGGCUGGACGCGGUCCUCCGGCUGCUCAAGUCGCGCGACUGCGAGGUCAUCAUCAUCUCCGACCUCAUGACGGUCGCCAUCGACGACUGGCUGUCCGGGUCCGAGGUGUCCUCGCUCGUGGACAGGGUGUACGCCAACCCGGCGCACUACGACGCCGACGGCUACAUCAUCAUCGAGCCCUACCACCAGCAGGACUGGUGCGACAAGAGCUUCAGGCACCUCUGCAAAGGACACGUGCUCGAGGAGCACGUCAGGAGCAGGAUGGCUGACAGUGUGUCCUUCGGCAGGCUGGCCUUCUUCGGGGACGGCGGCAACGACCUGUGCCCUGUCCUCAGGCUGGGCGAGAAGGAUCUGGCCUUCCCCAGGGAAGGGUACAAGUUGAUGAAACUGCUGGACUCCAACCCUCCAGGUCAAGUUAAAGCUGCCAUCCACCCGUGGUCCAGCGGGGAAGACAUUAUUGGCAUCCUCAACUAUCAUCUGAAGCUGAGUGAAGGAUAAUUUGUUAGUUAAUUACUUCUGAGAAUACUACACCUAUCUCAGCAUACUAUGUCAUUGGUCGAAGACAUAUGCGAUUCAGUAUUUAAAUCUAUAUUGUUAUGUUUAUUCUUAUUAUCACACUAUAAUGUCUUAACACUGUUAUUUCCUUCGUAGAUUAUUUCUAGGGUCUGAUCUUUAUAUUAUUGUACGUUCCCUUCCAUUGUGACGUGGAGUAUACAAUUAGUGAUGUAAAUUAUAGGAAUAUGGUGCACCUAUGGAAAAAAACCAAACAAUUAAUUUUAAAAAUAUCAUUUUCUCUGUAACUGCUCCAGUGCACUCUAUACAAUAGUACAACACAGUUAUAUAAAACUAGAAUACAUUUCACCAUGGAUGUAAAAUAACUGUAUUCAUUACAUUGCGUCAUUUACCCUAAGCUUUGGUUAAAAUGACACAUUCGUUCGGGUUAUAUGAUCCACAGCAGUAAAUUUGGAGGAUUGAAAGAAAAACUUUUGGUAAACAAUGUCUUAUACUUUUUAAUCGACAUGGCAGACAAUGAAAAAUGUUAAAUUGAAGUUAUUUUUGAUUAAUUUAAUGAAAAAAAUAACUUAAAUGACCUAGCAUGGUUUUUGAAGACCAUAAAUACUUCAUAGUGCACAUAUAAAAUAUAAUUACAAGUCUAUUUUGUUGUAUAAAUUUGAGUCGUGAAAUCUCAUGUUAUUGUAAAAAUGUUUAAAUUCUAAAAAUAAAAAUUUAAUUUGGGAUUAAGUUGAAUUUUUGAAUAAGGUUUUGCAAUGUUGUAGAACUAAUAUAUCAUUAAAGGACAGUUGUGAAACGCCAGACCAAAACUGUAAUUAACAUUCUGAUGCAAAACUUUUUAAUUUAAUUAGUAAGCUACAAUACUUGCAUCUUUAUUUAAUCUUACAGCGAAAUAUUGUUGUUUUGUCAUGUCUGCACUUACAGUUCACAGGACUGUUCCACCCUCUGCACUGGUCAUGAAAACACAGAUAUGAUUCAACACAACGAUACCAAAUAUCACUAUAUUUCCCGCACUCACCACAACAAAACAAACGUUUAUCCCCAGACAGUUCUUCCUUUAUCUUUGAAUUUUUCAGUUUGUACACUAGCUUCAUCUGCUUGAAAUGUUGAAGUCAAUUGUAUAUUAAUUAGCAAGCCUUCUAUUGGGCAUGAAAUUUUAAGGAGUUUUUGACUUCGAUAUGGCGUUCUUGGCUUUUAUUUAUUGCACUUAAAUUUUAAAUUUUUUUUUUGUUUUGUUUCUGAGCUAGGCUGAUUUUUUUUCCUUCUUAUUUUGCAUUCAGCAUUACUUUGUUUGGUGUUGCUGUCAGAAUGUUAUUUUGUAGUUUUCUUCCUUUUGAAUAGUGUGUAGUCAUGAAUGCAUUUCCUGGUAGUCUACUGGUGAAAUUUCAUCUAGAUUUAUAUGAAUGUUUGAUGUGGAUGAGAUAGAAGAAAAGCUGGGUGCUUGUGCAUUUGUCAUUAAAAAUGUAUUUGGAAAUACUAGAGGUGUUUAAAUUUCAUUUUUAUCAUCACAAAUUUUCAUUUCAGGAGGAAAGCUGAAACAAUGCCCUGAAACAUUAAAAUUGUUCACUCCAAAAUUUUACCUGUUCAAAGAAAAUAUUCUCGCUGCUCUGAAUCCACAUCCACGUGAUGUAAGCAUGGCAGAAAUAUUCAGCCAGUCGAAUGACGUAAUUCUCACAUUUUCUUUUUUGAAUUUUUCGAUAACAAGUCACUUUCCUUGUUGAGUGAAUUUUUAAUGGGUAAAAGAUUUUCAGAUCAAGUUGCCGAAGCCUGCGAGAAGUGUGUGCAUGCACAUUUUUACCAGAAGCUUUGAGUGCAUAUAUAUUUGUUACAAGUCUUUCCCCACUCCCAAGAAAUUCUUGACACGAACUGAUGUGCUAAAAUAAAGUGUCCGCCUGGCUAGGCGCACGAGUUCUGGAAGCAAAGGGCAUUAAGGGCGACACUGAAUCGAGCUUCACACGGCUCUUCACCUCUAUGUGCGAGGCACUGAACUGGCUAGUCUUCGUAGUGGUCAUGCGCCGUUAUAGAAUUUUCAACUGUGAACAUAGAAUCUUAUGGCAGAUUAUAAAAGAAAGAUUCAAGUCCUGGAAAUCCACUGUUUUUCGGGGAUUUUAGUGUGACAUUCAAUUUUCUUUUAAAAUUCAAUUAAUGAAAAACUUACUCAUAAAACAUGACACAGCGAUUAUACCAGACCCCUUCCUUCACAACAUCCUGGCUGCGGCUUUGUCUCCGAGCAGGCCGUGGUACUUAAACACAUGGGUACCAGCCUUACACACAACUAUAGUACAACACUACGCAAGAGAGAUUUAUCAUACCAUUCAACAUAAUCCAAGAGUAAACCGAUUUAGCCUAUAUAGGACUGUAUUAGUAAAACUAUAUACUUACAUACUUUGUAAUCAAUACAAUAUGUCUCACAAAUAGCUUUACUAUUAUGAUAUUGUUUAAAAUUACGAGUGGUGCAUCAAUUGCCCACUAACGGCAUUUUGUGGUCCAGCCAGGUGGUUACGUAAAUGUGUCGAAACCACUAAUAAAACUCUAGCCGCACCUACUGGGAUACAACUGAAAAUGGAGAAAUAACAGGGGUCUUUCCGUUAAGACUGACGACAGAUAUUUGCUGGUGCUGCAAAAAAUAAAGUCAAUAUACCAAAUAACAAGCAAGGCAAUUUAUUUAUAACAAAUAUAGCAUACAAUGCAUAUAAUAUAAGUCGUUUCUGAGCAAUACAUCCCGUGGGAAUCAUUCAUACAAUUCAAGUUAAAACAAUGUUGCGAUAAAUGAGGCCAACUGACGACGCGUUUAACAACACAAAUCAUAUGGGCCGCUAGGCAACAACACGAAAGAAAGAAAUUACACUUACAAUUACAUACAAUUACUAUUACCGUUACGACGCGGCUUGACAAGAAGUGUCCAAAGCCAUCAUGGCGUGCCCAUAUACAACCGCAGAAAAAAAAUUACAGAAGCUGCAAGUAGUACUCAGCGUGAGCAAAAGAAACUAAAGCAAAGAAUUAAAUUAAGCAAUGACCUGAAGCGUCCAAGAUGACUUACAAACAUUACUAAACAUGGCAAAAAUCCAAAGGUGAAAGCGCGGCCACAACGUGCAAGCAAGAAUAAGAGAACAUACUAAUUACUAAAAAUUACAAAAGCUAAGUUUCACAGCCGAGUACAUACGAACGCGACGCCAGCCCCAAGUGACAGCCUUCGAGUCAGACGACCGAUAGACUGCGGCAAAUAGCCUGGGUGCCGAGGUUAUAUAGGCCGGGAACAAUACA